CUGGAACCUUCUGUGAUAAAUCAAAAAUAGAUAUUGUUAUAAACUUGUUUUAUAGAAAAUAUUUACAUACAUUAAUUGUUUUGUUAAAGCUUCAGAUUCAAGGAUGAAGAUGAAAGAUGAUACUGAUCUUACCCUAGAGCUAGAACACAUGAUAUCCCAGAGCGAAUCUAUAUUUGGUCUCAAGGUGCUGGACACAUUGGAGAACGUACUUAGGACGAGAAUAGUUCCUCUCCGAUUAAACCUGUCAGGACGGGAGAACUUGAUUACUCUGGUCUGUAACGAGACCCCCUAUGAUAUUGUAUUCCACGAUAUCAAGGAUUUCACCAAGAUACGAUCUCUCUCCCCACCCCGUAACCUAACCCUACCAGCUGCAGUAGCAUUCGUUAAAAGGAGUCUGCUGAGCAUGCAAGCAGAACUUCUCAGGGAUAACCAGGAGUGUCUGUCCAUCAUACGGGACCUGGAGAAUCUUAAAGCCAAAGGAGAAAUCAAAAGGUUUGAGCUUAGCCUGGAGAAUCAUGAAAUAUCCGUCCUUGUUGAGGUUUCUAUCCUAACCUUGAAAUUUCUCCAACCCCGUCUCGCCACAGAGGGAAAGAGUUGCAGGAAUGACAGUUUCCUUCUUAAACUUGUGUUUGAUCCGUUUGAUGGUUCAACCGUCCUCCGCAAGUUUAAGGUUCAGCUCUCUAGGGAGGUUGAACCUCAUAUUUCUGAGGCCAGUAAAAUGUGGAAGAAUAUUACAUACGAGGAUAUAUCAGGGUUUAUUGUUGAGAUGAAGAAACGUGUGGAUGGUGUGUUACGUGAAGUUAUGAAUUCCUGGGACGAUCGAGUUCAACUCUUCAGACGAAUAUUCGCCGUUUACCAACCUCUGGGAAUUGUUCUGGGGAUAAACUCUGAGAUGACUAAUAUGGAUGUAAGUCUGGGAAAAGGAAAACUUCUGAAGAUAACUGUCAAGAAAACCUUCCCAGCCACCUACCCCACCCUCGCCGUAUUCAAGAGGGCGGAUGCCGAUGACAAAAUCACGAUGACAACCAUUAAAAGGAUGGAGGUGUUCCAGGGAGAGAAGAAUAUUUCCAAUAUGGCGGAUAAUAUCAUUACUUAUAUUCAUUCAGAAAAUGUAAUGGAAUAAAGAUCAUAAAUGUAUUCGUUGUUGUUAAAUCCGAUCUGAUCUUUUUAUUUUCUUGGGUUGAAACCAAAUGUUCCUUAGCUUUAAAGCUUUAAUUUUUUUUAUAAAUCUUGCCAUUGUUAAAGUACCUGUUUUCACCAGUCUUUCCAAAUUUAUAAAUGGUUAUUUGUAAUUUAUUCAGA